AUGUUCAGGAUUUUGAAAUUCCUCAAUCUUCGAUUCUACGAGGCCUAUCUUACAUACCUCUACCUUGGAAUCAAGCUGCUUUUCCUAAUCAAUGUGCUGGUACAGUUGGACGGAGUCGCCAAACUUUUCUGUGGUCAACCUUACUGCGAUAUGGAAAUCCGUAUUCUUGGACACGUCCAACGACAUACUGUACAAUGUGUGCUAGUUAUCAAUAUUUUCACUGAAAAGGUGAACGAAGUUGAAUGCAUUGCCAUCUCAAGAAGCCCACAUCCGAGUGCAGAAAGGGGCAUUCCGUUGCUCUCAUAUCCGAGCGGUAGUUGA